AUAGCACGGUGAUAUAAUUCUACUUCAAUUUUACAAUUACUAUAAUAAUUAUGUUUUUGUGGAUAUUAAACUAUUUGAAUUUAUUAACGGUACUUAUUUUAUGCUUAUCAACCAGUGGAUUACAAACAGAAAAAAGUGAUUGGAAUUUUGAUCCAAAUACACAAUAUCACAUUCAAACAGAUGAAGGACCUGAAAGAUAUUUUCGUUUUCAAACAUUAAAUGGACAAUAUAGAAAAGAAAAAAGAUUAGUUGAUGGAACAGUUAUUGGUACAGAAGGAUGGUUAGAUCCUCUUGGAUAUUUACGACUUAAAGACUAUAUAGCAGAUAACAACGGAUUUCGAAUUUUAAGGUAAAUAUAUAAUAUAUA